AUGCUACUUCACUUUGGCAGUAAGCCUGUGAUUGUUGCUUCCUCAGUCGAAGCUGCUCGUGACAUCAUGAAAACACAUGAUCUCGUAUGCUCAAGCAGACCUAAAUCUAGCAUGGCUGAUAGACUCUUUUACGGCUCUAAGGACGUGGGCUUUAGUCCCUAUGGUGAAUACUGGAGACAAAUUAAAAGCAUUGUCGUGCUUCACCUUCUCAGCAACAAAAGAGUCCGAUCUUAUCGUGAUAUUAGAGAAGAAGAAACAUCGAAUAUGAUUGAAAAAAUCAGACAAGAGUGUAAUUCUAAUUCUUCAAAUUCAGUGAUAGAUUUAAGAGAUCAUUUUUGUUUUAUGACUGGUAACAUAAUUAGCAGAGUGGCCUUAGGGAGGAUAUAUAAUAAAAGGGAAAGUGGAAUAGAUGCAAAGAACAUCCUAGCAGAAUUUCUUCAUCUUUUGGGUACUUUUAAUGUUGGGGAUUAUAUUCCUUGGCUUGAAUGGGUCAAUAAAAUCUUUGGUUUGGACACCAAAGUGGAGAAAGUAGCUAAAAAGUUGGAUACAUUUUUAGAGACUGUGAUUGAAGAACAUAUUAUUAGUAACAAGAAAAGAGAAUACAGAGUGGGAGAAACUAAAGAUUUCGUGGACGUUUUGCUAGAAAUUCAAAAUGGGAAGGAAACUGACUUUCUUCUCCAAAGGGAUUCAUUGAAAGCUAUCAUCUUGCUGGUACGGAUACAAUGA